UCCCCCUUCACCUAAAUAGAAAAGGUAGCUUUCAUACUAAAUUUGACGUGUUUGGUACUUGCGCAUGUCUGGCAAUCAGCUCCCCCUGAUCCGCAGGCGUCAAUUGAUCUCGUCGCGCCUUCCAUCCCCGUGGUCGAUUUAUUGGUCCGUACAAGUCCGCCGGCCGCCAUAAGCUCCAACAUCUCCUCCCUCUUAUCACCUUCUCAUCUGUCUGUGGUCGGCUGGUCGUGUAGACAUAGCCGACGCGCCAUUAAGUCUGCGCCUUCGGCGGCGAGGUUUGUGUGUGAUUUUUUCUUCCUUCUUAUUACAUUUCAUCUCGUUGCCGUUGGCUUCAAAGAGGACGUUGUUCUGGCGCUUCGAGGUGCAGCUUACGGCGCGGAAACAACCCCGCGAUUUAUCGCCCACCGCCGCACUCCAACCGCCCGCCCUGCCUAUCUUAUCUCAACCCAGACCAGGCUAUAAUUGUUCCCUCAAACAUCCAUCAGAACACGCAAUAUCACCGCUAUCGCUGUAACCAAGUCCUCACGGCUGCGUACGACUUUGUCGACACACUAAGAUACUAAAGUUACUAUCUUCGAGUUGCAAGCUACUACUUACUACCUCCGCAGGGACAAGCCAUCAUGGCUUCAACCUCUAGCCCAUCCGCCAUCGAGGCCUCACAAGAGCCCCCACCGGCCCUAGCACCGAACUCUGUGCUUGCAGCUGCUGAGGCGGCCACCGAGAAGACACCGGAUGAUAGUUCGAAGCUGCGCAUGUUCUUGGGCAUUUUGAGAAAGUUCAUCGGCGUCAAGGACAUAGCAUCAGUGCGCUUCUCCCUCCCGGCGCAGUUACUAGAGCCCACGCCCAACCUCGAGUACUGGACGUACCUCGACCGCCCCGAAACCUUCGCCGCCAUCGGCGACUCCGACGAGGCUCUCGACCGCAUGCUCGAGGUCCUACGCUUCUGGUUCACCAAAGACCUCAAGUAUGUGAAGGGCAAGCCUUGCAAGCCAUAUAACUCGACCCUCGGCGAGUUCUUCAGGUGCAACUGGGAAGUCGCCGAAGUAGCCCCCUCCGUCGCGAGCCUCCGCGCCACCACCCCCUCCAGCUCCAAGUCCUCCCUCAAGUCCACGGCGUCGGCCAAACCCACCUCGCCCGCCCCCAAACCCACCGACGAGCCCAUCCGCAUCUCCUUCCUCACCGAGCAGACCUCCCACCACCCCCCCGUCUCAGCCUUCUACGUCGAGUGCCCCGCUAAGGGCCUCUCGGCGCGCGGCUUCGACCAGCUCUCCGCGAAGUUCACAGGGACUUCCAUUAAAGUCACACCCGGCGAGCAUAACCUCGGCAUCUUCAUCACCCUGCACAAGCGCGACGAUGAGCAGUACCAGCUCACUCACCCGGCCGCACAUCUAGGCGGUCUGCUCCGCGGUGGUCUAAGCGUCAGCGUGGGGGAUCAGUGCUACACCACCUGUCCCAAGACGCGCACGAAGACUAUCCUCCACUACCUCGAAGAGGGCUGGCUAGGCAAGGCCCAGAACCGAGUCGAGGGCGUGGUGUUCAAGUACGACCCCGAGAAGGACGAUAAGAUGCGCAUCGCCAAUGUGCCAGAGAAGGACGUGCUCGCGCGCAUUACCGGCAACUGGAAGGAGAAGGUGUUUGUGUCCUUUGCGCCGAAUUUUAAGGUCCGUCCUACUCCCCCCCCAAAAAAAACUCCUCCCCCUUCCUCUCCCAACUAACACUCUACAGACCCAAAUCUCCAUCAUCGACCUAACCCCCCUCACACUCACCCCUAAGAUCCUCCCGCCCGAGACCUCUCAGCUCCCCAACGAAUCCCUGCGUUACUGGUCCGGCGUUACCGAAGCCAUCACUUCACGCCAGUUCGGACGCGCGACAGUUCUCAAGACGGAGAUAGAGGAACGGCAGCGGAGGAAGGCGCGGGAGCGUGAAGAGGGGGGGAUAGAGUGGAGUCCGAGGUUUUUUGUGGGGAGUGUGACGCCGUUG